AUGGGACGAGAGGACCAGAAAGAAGAGCGAGAAGUCCUCGACUCCAUCUUCCCCGAGGAGAUUCAAGACAUCUCCGACACCGAGUACCGGAUCACGAUAGCGCUCGAUGUCCAACCCCAGUCUGAAGAGGAGCCUGCGGCACCUGUAAUCAUUCUAAAUUACCCGGACGAGGCCCCCAGCUUGGACGUUACAGCGCCACCAAAUGCACUGAAGCACCAGCACCUGGAUGUCCAGGAGGACAAGGCGAGGCUACUGGACUCGUUGCAACCCACUAUUGAGGAGAACAUGGGGAUCGCCAUGGUCUUCUCCCUGGUUAGCACUUUGAAAGACUCUGCUGAGCUCUUGAUCGCCGAACGACAGCAGGCCGUACAGGCACAGAAGGAAUUCGAAAGUCGGCAAGCCGAGGCUGAGGAGAAUCGGAAGUUCGAAGGCCAGAAGGUUACUGCUGAGUCUUUUCUGGCCUGGCGCGAGAAGUUCCGGCAAGAUAUGGAGGAGGAGAAGGCAAGAAGGGCUGCGGAGGUGGAAGCGGAGGAGCGGAAGAAGAGGGGCGGCAAGCCGGAGGAGAAGAAGUUAACUGGCAAGCAGCUUUGGCAGCAAGGCCUGGCCGGCAAUGCUAUUGACGACGAUGACGAAGGCGAAGAUGCAAUGGAGGGGAUGAAGGAACUCAAGGUGGAUGGUUGA